AUGCCGAAACAACGUACACAGACAACGACAUUAGCUUCACCACCUGGAAAUACUACAAGUCGUCAUCGUGAUACAAUACCUAAGACUAAUACAUCAUCGGACAAUGAAGAUGUCAUUCCUAUCCCAAUACAGAUUUUUUUAUGGCGGCAGAGCAAUCCAUUUAUCAAGCAAAAAUUUGGUAAUUUAACAGAUGCAUCUGCUAUUAGUUUUGAUCGAGUUCUCGUUCAAAAUCUUUUACAUGGCCUUUCACCCAGCCUUAGUGAUGCCAUUUCAAGUAUUCCAAGAUGGUUACUAAUCAAAGUGGCAUUUCCACAUGUAAUGCAUGCAUGUUCAGCAGCAAUUGAGCAUAGCCUUCAUUCAAUUCAACAACAACCAUCAACUACUGGUCAUCCAGCAGUACUUGUUUCAUCAUCUUUAUCUCUUUCUCCUUCCGCUUCAUCUCAACUUCAAGUUCCAGCUAGUCAUCAAUUACCUGCUAGUACUCCUAAUUUACCUAUACCUCUUGGUCCAUCACCUUCGAUAAAUCUUGCAUCAACAAUUUCUGUCGAAAAUCAAUCUACUCAUGCACCAGCAAUGCGUCUCUCAUCAGCUACACAUAGUAUAAGUAGUCAUUCGUCAUUUACAAACAAAUUAAAUGCAACUGAAAUUCGCCUUUUUCAUACAUUACAUUAUCUUAUAUUAGAUUCUCAUAAUCAAGAAACUUCUACAUCUAUAAAUAAUGAUCAACUUUUACCAUUAAAUACAAUACAAUUAUUUAUAUAUUUAUUUAUUCCAUAUAUUCAUACAUAUUUGCAAAGUAAUGAAAAAGAUUUUUUAACUAAUCCUGAUCUUGCUCAUGGAAUGCGUCUUAUAUGGCAACCAUUACUUGAAUAUCGUCAGCCAAAUAUACGAAUGUUUAGUUCAUUUGUUAAACCAAUUAUACCAUCAUAUGCAUCACCAAAUGAAAAUGGUGAUUAUUUACCAAUAGUACAUGAUUAUCAACAACAACAGCAGCAGCAACAACAACAACAACAACAAACAUUUUAUAUAAAUAAUAAUAAACGUAAUCGUUUAUCUGUUUUGGUUGAAUCACCAACACCAAUACCAACAUCAACAAGAGCAAUACUUGAAGAAGUUGAUGAAGAUCAACAUUCUCUAGAUUCACCACCAUUACCAUCAUCAUCUCACCCAUUAAUAAUGAAUCAAUAUUCAACACAAUUACCAAGAUCAGUAUCGGAGAAACAACCAUUAUCUGAUUUAACAAAUCAACCAUCUGUUAUGGCACCUAUUGUUAGUAGUGAAGGAAGUAGUGCAAGUUUAUUUCAUCCAAUAACAACAAAAAAAGAUCAAAAAUCAAUAUCAUCAGUUGUUGCUGAUUCUGAUACAGCAACAACAAAUAAUUCAAUAACUGAUCUUAGUGCCUAUGGAACAUCCAAUGCUGCUAAACCACGAGCACCACUCGUACAUAUGAGUUCAAUUUGUUCAAUUUCAGAUUCAAGUCGUUUAACAACAUCACCACAAAGUCCUGUUGAUAAAUAUAAUGUAGUACCAGGUGUUACUGGUUCAUCAUCAUCAUCUGCAUCAACACCAUCUAUUCUAUUACCAUUACAUUGUUCUCAAUGUCAACAACCUGUAUUUGCUCCUCAUCAUCCACCUGGUAUUCCAUAUAUUUGCUCAAGUUGUACAGCUAUGAAAUCAACAUCUAUACCAAAAACAUCUCUUCCAAUAUCAUCUGAUCUUCCAUUAGUUUCAUUAAGAUCAACUAUUCAAAAAGAAUCCAUGCCACCAUCACGACGUCAUAGUUCAUUAACAGGAAAAGCUCGUACAUCUCAACGUUCAUCUGAAUUACUUCUACUUGCAACUUAUUUUGAUAUUGGAAUUUUACGUACAAUGUUUAGUCCAUCAUGGUUAACCGAUGGUUAUUUAUGGUGUUUAGAAUAUUUACAUAAACGUAUUAUUGAUAUAUCAGAUGAAAUUUUAUCAGAUGCAUUAAUGAAUGGAACAAUACCAAUAAAUAUUCUUCGAUUUAAAAGUCUUUCUAUUCCACAAUUAAAUAUUGGAAAUGAACAAGAUUAUUAUGAAUAUUUAAAAAAUAUUUAUUUCAAUGAACAAGUUACAAAUGAUAUUAUUGAACAACAAUGUAUGAUGGCUGGUACAGGUGAUACAGCAGCAUCAACAUCAAUUAAACAACCAGCUACAUUAUUAAAUGUACCAUUUAAAUAUUUUGCUGGUAGAAGUCCAUAUAGUGGUAAACAUAGUCAAAAAUAUGAUAAUUUUUAUAAAAAAAUCAGUAAAAUUCGUUAUAUUGAUGAAGAAGGUGUUGAACAUUUGGAUUUGGCUAAUACGGAUCGUCGUGAACAUUCAUCGACAUCAAAACCUAGUCGUCUUCUACUUGCUGAUCCAGCUUUAUUAUUACUUAAAACAACAGCAAUAACAACUAAUGAUCGAUCUCAAUUACCAACAUCAAUCAUAAAUAAUACAGCUCGACAAUCUAUUGAUAGUAUAUUAAGUCCUACAAAUACUAAUACACCAAAAAUGACUGCUCCUACAGCAACAACAAAUUUAAAUACAAUGAAAACUUAUAGUGUUAGUGAUUCGGAAAUAAAUUAUAAAUUUUUAGAAGAGAUUGAAGAAGCACAAGGUUCAAGUGCAUAUAUUAAUCGUAGUGGUACAAUAAAUUUUGGUGUUGUACUUGCUGGAAUACAUGCUGUUAUAUGUAAAGAACAUCAUUUAAAAGUUUGUGAAUUAGUUAUGAAUAUUCUUGAUGUUUUACUUGGUUUGGCUGUUAUAUCAUCAUCAGAAGAUGAUAUGCAUAAAAAACAAUUAUUAACUGUUGGAAAUAGUGGAACAACAACUGCAGAUGAACAAGUUGAAGAAUGGUUAAAACAAAUUGAUGCAAAAGAAGAAGAAAAAUUUCAAUUAGCUGUUGAUAUCACACUUAGAAUAAUCAAACGAUUAGGUUGUCCUAAUUGUCAACCACGUGGUCGUAGUUUUACAGCUGAUCAAUUACGUGGUAAAGUUCGUUUAUCAUUAAAUAAACUUCGUUUACUUAAUCAACGUCGAUUUGAAAAAUAUUUUCUUAAUUUAACUCUUAAUGGUGAUCUUGUUCAUAUACUUGAUAUAUUUCAUGCAUUAUGUGGUUAUUGUUCGGAAUCAAAUGUUGGUCUUGCACAUUAUGCACCUUAUAUUCCAACAAAAAGUGAUACAAAUCGACAAACAUAUUCAAAUAAUUUUGGUAAUACACAACUUGGUGUUGGACCCAAAGGUAUUGAUGGAUUUAUAUUAAAUAUAAUAUUUAAACCAUUUGUUACACGUCUUAUAAUGAUGAAAGAAUAUUUAAUGAGUUCAGAAAAUGUUGCUUUAUAUGGUGAAUGUCGAGCUUUUUUAACAUGUAUUAAAGAAAAUCAUGGUGGAAUCUUUCGUUUGGUGGUUUUUUCAUCAUUACUUGAUCCAGAGAAAAAACUUAAAACAUUUCAACAACAAGAAUUAAAUGCAAAAGCAAAAUCCAAAGGAGCACAUACAUUUGCUCGGCAUGAUGCCACGAGUAGUAGUGGAAAAGGGACUUUACUUCGUGAUUUAUCAGAAGAUGCUGAUCUUGAUCGACAAGGUAGUACUAGUCAACAAUUACAAGCAGUUGGAACUGAUGAGGCAUCAACACCAAAUAUAGCAUCAUCAACAUUUAGUAUGAAAUUAAAAAAUGCACGUACACGAACAGGAUCAUUAAUAGGUGGUGAUGAUCAUAGUUUAUAUACACAUCAAGAAGAAAGUUUACCUGUUGAUUUAACACUUGUUCGUUUGGGUUUAUUACGUUUAAAUUUUAUGAUGGAAUCAUGCCCACCUGGUUCAUUACCUGAUCCACAAUUUUUAAAUAGUAUUCUUAUUUUGGAUUCACCCGUUAUAUCAAAAGCAGCAUAUCUUGUUGAAUGUGCUAAUUUUGUUCGUCGUUGUUCAUUAGGCCAAUGGCCAGAAUGGAUGCGUAUUAAUAUGACAACAUUUCGUCCUCAUGAAUCAUAUGCUGCACGUACAACAGGAAAUAUGAAUGCAAGAUUAACGAAAUUAUAUCAAGCAGCUGCAGCAAGAAUGUUUUAUAUAUGGGGUGAAGCUCUUUCAUCACAACUUGAAACAAUAUUAGACAAUGAACAAAAACAAUUAGCGACAGAUAAUAAUAAUACAAAUGAAACAGGAAUAGGAACAGGAGGAGGAGCAGGAGCGACUUUAUGGAAUAGUGACGAAACAUAUGAAGAUUACUAUAAUGAAGCGGUUGUUAAUCGUUCAGGUCAUGAUUGUCCAUAUUCUUUACGUAUUAUCGCUUGUUUACUUCUUUAUGAAAUUACAUCAUUUUUACGUGAAUCAUAUGAUAAAUUACCAAAACUUUCAACAAUGCCGACAACAAAUAAUAAUUUUCGGCAACAACAACAGCAGCAACAACAACAACAACCACAACAACGUACAAAUAAUCAAGCAACAAGUGCACCACCAACUGUUGUUGAAACAUCAUCAUCAUUAACUGAUAAACGUUCAAAUGAUCGUAUACGUAUGGGUAGUGUUGUUUCUCAAACAUCAAAUAGAAGUUCAGCAUCGAUGUCAAGCGAACAUCCUGGACUUUCACCACAAGCAUCAUCAGUUACAAUUCCACCUGUAUUAAGUACAAUACCAGCAACAGUAAUUAAUAUGAAUCCAUCAUUAUCAAGUGAAAGACAUAUUAGUUUUGCUGUGAAUAAAGAAAAUGAUUCAAAUGAUAGUAAUCAUACAGCUGUUAUGAUGAAUGAUGAAGAUGGAGUUAUUAUUAUUGAUGGAAAUUCAUCAUCAGGUAAUAUUGAACGACGAACAUCUAAUGCAACACAUAAACCAGGAAGUCUUAGUGGUAGUAGUGGAAAAUCAAAAUUAAUUCGACGAAGUAGUGUUAAAUUAAGAAAACCAUCAUUAAGAAUGAAAGAAUCAGGCAAAACUAUGAAUACUCGUCGUUCAUCUUAUCGUACACGUCGUCGUAGUCAUGCAUCAAAUAUAUCUUCUGAAACUGAUGGUCAUCAAAGUGGUAUUGGAAGUUCAGCUAUGGAACCACCAGAUGAAUAUAUGAAUAGUAAUGAUGAAGAAUUUGAUCAAGGAAAUUUUGAUGAUAUUAUUAAUACUCGUCCAUUUCCAUGGACAAAAGUUGUUAUACGUAUAUUAAAUAAUGUUAAUUUAACAUGUGAUCAUCAAAUAAAAUGUGUAUCAAAUUGUUAUGAUAAACAAACAUCAAGUUGUAAAAAUCUUAUUCAAGCAUUAUUAAAUAUGUAUCGUUUAUCAUCAUCAAAUUUAACAAAUAUUGGUUCAUCAUUUUCUCGUUCAUCAUCAUCAACGCAUCGAUCAACAACGCAUUUAAAACGUAAUGAUACAACAUCGAGCAAAACUCCACAUGAUCUUAAAAAACGACGAGUUUCAACAUGUUUAUUUGGUGAAGGUACUGGUCAAAAUGUUGAAAAUGUUACAAAAACUACGAAUACAACUAAACCACCAGAUGCACCUAUGUAUGGAAUGGUUUUUGAAACAGCAGAUCCACAUCUUGAUAAACAAAUUAAUACACAUUUUACUGCUGUUGCUGCUUAUCUUGAAAAACAAGUUGGAACAUUAACACAAAUACCAUUAAUGAUACUUUGUAAAUCAUCAGUUUUAUUAGAUGAUGAACAUUAUUCUCAAAUACUUAAUUUAUCUUGGGAACUUUUAUUAGAUCAUAAUGAAGAAUUAGCUGCUUGUGCUGCAACAAUUGUUAUUCUAACAGCUGCUCGUGCUGGUCAAUUAGUUGAUGCAUUAUUUCAUACUGAAAUGGAGAAUUCAUCUGCAUUAAUACGUUAUAAUGCAAUAUUAAAAUUUCAAACAUUAUGGCGUUUUCGUUAUCAAUUUUGGAUACGAUUAGAAGAAGGUGCACAUUCAAUGAUGAAGAUUCUUCCACCAAGUAUUGAAUUUGUUUUACCAUCACCAGCACUUGGUGUUGCUAAUCUUCAAACAGUUGAUCCACCAUGGAUGCCACAUGCUAAAACACUUGUUCAACAAGUUGCUUUAAAUCAAGAAGAAGUUCGAGCUGUUGUUACAGCAAGUAAAACACGUAAGAAACAUCAACAAGAAUUAAUUCAUUCAGCAUUAAUGGCUGAAGAAACAAGUAAACGAGUUGCAAGAGAAAAUUUCGCUAUGUCAACUGUACCAAUAUUACAAUCAGCUUCAUUCGAACCACUUUUACAUCAACCAAGAGAUGAAGAAGAAGAAGGACAUACAGAUGAUGAUCGAUUUGUUGAAACAAGUAUUCAAAUACGACAAGCACAAGGAACAUUUCCUUCAGCAUUUGGUGCAGCUGUAUAUCUUCUUGUUGAAAUGUUAGAAGAUGAAGAAACACUUGAUAAUGGAGCAACAGUAUCAGAAGCAGCUCGAAAAGCUCUUUGGACAUGUUUAAUUGAUGAACCAACAUUAUUAAUUCGUUUUUUCUUUGAAAAACUUUCUAAUAAAGAACGCCGUAUUAAAUCAUUUCAAAGUCUUCGUCGUCUUAUGAUAUGUUUAACUGAUAUUCCACCACAAUUUGCACAUGCCGUAUUUAAUUAUGUUCUUGGUCUAUUAAUGAGUAUGGUACGUUCACCAUUAGAUGGUUCACAAGAAUUAAUCGUAGCUGGUCUUACAUUAUUAUGGCAAAUAAUUCCUUAUCUACAUGGUCUUGUUUUAAAAGAUUUAAAACAAAUUUUACGUAAAGAACAAGCUGAAAUGAUGAUAUUAAUAACAGGUAGUAUACCAUCAACAAAAAAAGUUAUUAUACAUGGACCUGAUCUAUCACAAAUUCCAACACAAGCAAUUAUACAAGAAGAUACACAAUUUAGUAAUGUUUUACAAGAAGCAUUAGAUUUUUUUGGUAUACCUGAUGCGAAACGUGAUCGAUAUUAUUUAAUUGAUGUUAAAACUCAACAAAUACAUAUACCAGAUACAUAUGUACGAGAUUUUUAUUUUUUUCGUCGAAAUAUCUAUCCACAAUUAUCAUUAAUACAUAUGGAUGCUAAACAAUCACAACGACAACUUGAACAUAUGUCAAUUUAUUUAAAAACAACUGAAUUAUCAAAAGUUUUAUUUGCUCGUUAUUUACUUGAAAAUACACCAUAUAAUCAAAUACAUAAUUGUGUUACAUUUUUUCAUGAUGAACUUAUUAAAAGUCCAUCAUUUCCAAGAAAACCAUUAGAAUCAGAUUAUAAUUUAUAUACAAGAAUAUCUGAUAAAGAAUUAUUUAAUUUAGAUAUGUUACAUAAAUAUAAUUGGAUAAAAUUAAUCUCCUGUUUAUUUUUUAACAUGGAUGGUAAAACAACGACAACAUGGGAUAUAACACUUUUUCUUAAUGUUAUUAAUGGUGCAUUUAUAUUACAUUGUGAAGAUUUUGCUAUGUUACGUUUUUGUCUUGCAACAUAUAUAAGUACAGCUAAACAUUUUCGACAUAUAUUCGCUACAAAUGGUUAUCUAUUAAUAAUGCCAACAUUUCUUCGUGUUUAUUCAAAUAUUCAAUCAAAUCCAAUGUUAAAAAAAGCUAUUGAAUAUUGUUGUAGACAAUUUUUUAUUUUACAUCGUAUACCAUUUAUAUUACAAAUGCUUGGUAGUAUAUCACAAUUACUUGAUUUUGAUGAACAAGCAGAUGUUACUGAUACAAAUAAAAUUCAACCAAUAAGUUUAUUUCGUUUAUUAAUUGCUUUAGAACAAACAAGUGUUGAUGCAAUGAGAGAUGAUUAUUCAAUAUUAGAAUUAGUUAGAGAUGAUUCAUCAUCAAAUAAAACAACAUCAACUAUUAUGCCAACAACAAUGCCAACAUCAAAUAUGACUGUUGUUGCAGCACUUGGUCAAGGAAAUAUGAUUACACCAGUAACAAUAAAAACUUUAGAUUUUUGUUAUGCAGAUGAUGAUACUGUUUUUACUUUACUUAAUUGUAUUGAUGUUUGUGUUACUGUUGUUGCAUAUGCACCAGAUUCUAUUCGAUCAUUACAAAUGCUUGGUAUAAUUGAUUUACUCUUACCGAAAUAUUUAGAAUACUUAAAAGAUCGUACAAAUAAAACUGAUUCUCAAAAACAAGGACGUGAAGAAAUGAAAAUAAUUGAAAAGUUAUCUAUUGCUAUAAAAACAAUGAUAAAUUCAUCGGAAUCAUUAACACGAACAUUUGUUGGACCAAAACAUGAUACAUUAACAGGUGCAAGUUAUAAACAUUCACGUGGUUCAAAUCGUUCACCAUCAAUUGUACCUGAUGAAGAUUCAAUGAGUCGUUUUAUUGAUGAUCGAACAAAAAAUAAAGCUCAAGAUGGUGAUGAACAUAAACAAGCAUCAGAAUUUCGUUGGCCACGUGAUACACUUCUUUCAGUUAUAUCAACAUUUGUUCAUUUCUCAACUCAACGCUUAAAAGAAUUAACUAAAUUAGCUAAUGAUCCAACAUUACGUAUACCUGAAUUACUUGAUGCUAAAUCUCAUACACGUCUUGCUGAUAUAGCACAUACAUUACUUAAAUUAGGUGGUUAUGAUCCAAUAACAAUGUCAUGUCGUGGUAUACAAAAUUAUUUUCAAAAAUUAUUACCAUGUACUAAUUGGAGUCAAGAACAAUUACGGCCAGCAUUAAAUCUUCUAUUAAGACGUAUUGAUAGAAUGUUUUCAAAAAUAUGUAAAAAACCAAUGACUAAACGUUGUUUUGAUUGGGAAGCAACAGCUGGAAUUCUAAAUGGAAUUUAUUUAACUAUUGAUCGUCAUCCAUAUAUAGCCUAUUUUCCUAAUCUUAAAGCAUUGGUAUCGGGAUGUAUUGCACUUGUAUUAAAUGAAAAUGUAUCGGAAUCAAGUCAUAGUGUACCACGUCUUGAUACACCAGCUUUUCCAAAAGAAUUUUCUCGAGCAGUUAUUAAACUUGUUGGAAGAUAUUUAUUAGCUAUUAGAAAUCAACCAAACUUAGAAGCAUUAACUGGAAAUAGUUGGUCAUUUCCAAAUAUACCAUCAGCUAUAAAUCAUUUAUUACAUUUUCUUUUACCAUUAAUGUUUUGGAGUGGUAGUGGACGAAAAGAUGCACCUAAAAUUCAUUCAGUAGAUAUAUCCUAUAUUAUAACAAUACUUAUUAAUGCACUUAAACCACCAUCAAAACUUGCGGCUGCUAUGGGCACACAAGGUGGACCGGGAAGUGGAGCACCAGGACAAAUAAGUAGUGGACCAGGUACUGGUGGUGGAAAGCAACAUUUAACUAUUGGUGAAGCUAUUUUACAAAAUAGUAGUUUUACACAUAAAUCUAUGAGACAAUUAAAAGAUCUUUUACAAACAGCAUCUUUAUUAGGUUUAAAAGUUUUAAUUAUUGGUUUUGCUAAACAAUUAAAACGUGAAUGGCAACGUAUAGCUCAAUCAAUAAAAUUAAUGUGUAAUAAACAAUCAAAUGUUUCACCAAUACUUCUUUCAUUUAUUGAUUUUAUUAUUACAUAUAAAACUCCAAUAUUUGUUAUUCUUCGACCAUUUCUUUCUCAAUAUAUGCAUUCAGUAACAUCAGAAAAUGAACGUGAUUAUGAAAUGAUUACAAAUAUUCAACAAAAACUUAUAUUUGAUAAAAUACCAUUAUCAAAAUCAACCGGAGAAAUUUUACAUGGAUUAAUGCAAGAAUUAAAUCAAUUAAAAGCUGAAUUAACUGCUGCAUCAAUGACAUUUACACGAGAAAUGAGUCGUACAGGUUCAGGAGGUGGAAAAAAAAGAAUUAUUCUAUCGAGAACACCUCGACGAAGAAAACGUGAUGAUAUGCCUCUUAUUCGUAUACCAUCAUUCGAUGAAUCAAAAUCAUUAUUUCCUUAUGAAACACGUCCAGCAGGUACUGAAAAAGUUCGAUUUGAUACUGAAGCACUCGAACAAAUGAAAGAUCGUGAUGGUAAUACAGGAAUAUCUGGUGGUGCAAGUGAUGGACGAUCAGGUGGUAGUCGCACAAAUACCUAUCGUGUUCGACGACAACAAUCAAGUGAUAGUAGUUUAAAUACAUCACCAAGAAAGAAAACAGAAAAAAUACGUGUGAAAGAAGCUUUAGAAAUACUUGAAACAUAUCGUGCUCGAUAUAGAAUUCGAUCAGGAGCUGAAAUAUCUGAUAUACCAAUAAAAUGGACAAGAGAUUUAACAUUACAACGUCCUUCAACAGUCACAGAUGAUUUACCAACUCCUAGUCUAUCUGAUGCUCCACGUAUACAAUCAACUAAUCCAUUAUCACGUUCAGUUACUGUUGCUGGUGAUCGAAGUUCAUCAAUAUCUGAUCGAACAUUUCAACAAUAUAAUGCACCAGAAGAUGAUGAUGCUGAUCAAUCAACAACAGAUAAAGAACCUACAACUAAAUUACGUACAUUUCGUGGUUGGAAACGAGAUACAACACAUUUAGAUAAAUCCCGAUUAACUAAAGGUUUAAUACGAGGAAAUAUGACAAGCGAACCAACUAUGACAUAUGAUGCAACUAAAGAAAUGAAUGAUAUAUUUCGAUCAAAUAGACAAGCCAAUCAACAAAAUCUUGCUUCAGUAUUCAAUGAACAAACUUCUGAUUUUAUUGAUAUACGUGCUUCCAAUGAUCAAGGUGUACUUGCUUCUGUUUUAAAUAAUCCAGCAAAUGAACAAAUAUCUUUACCUACUUCGUCUAUUCCUUUGACAACAAUUCUUCCAAUACAAACAGAAUCACGUCGAGAUGUAUGGAUAUCGCGUUCACCUAAUACACCACCUUUAACUGAAGCCGAUUAUGAAUCACAAGUUUGA